CAGCCAGCCAAAAUCCAAAAACCAUCGACGAGGUUUGAGCAGCGGAGAUAUAAAUAGAGGGCACAGAGUGACUCUGAGAAGAAAAAGUAUAACAGAAAAAAAGGGUGAAAACUCCAUCCUCCGACACAGCCGCUUUACCCAAAGAAAAUUUUGCUGCGACAAUUAAUGACACGACGAAUUCGUAGUCAUAACAAUUGAAAAAUCCGGAAAAAAAAAAAAAAAAAACAUAGACACCACCAACUUGGAUUUCUCUAACAUAGAUUUCGUCUUUUCGGGGAUCCUCUUGGUUUUCCUUUUUUUGGAAUCAUUUUUUUUCCCCUCUUUCAAUUUCUUUCGUUUGGAGAGCUUUGCUUUGCCAUUCCCAAGUUUCCUCCAAAGCCUCUUUCCCUUUCCUCCUUUGCAAUGGCUUUUCUUCUUGGGGCUCUCUGCUAACGCCUGCCCCCAUACUCAGUGGAAGAUCCAAACCCUGCAAAUUCAAUCCUGGGUUUCUUUUCACCAUUGUGGUGAAGAUUUAAGGAUGGAUGACCAAGGUGGAAGCAAGUUGACCGGAAUCCGGCAGAUUGUUAGACUAAAGGAAAUCCUUCAAAAGUGGCAAACUGUCACACUAGGCUCAAGGCCAAAUGCCCCCCAGUUGGAAGAAAAUCAGGGGGGUGUCUCAGGACCAGUUAACAAAAGGCUAACAAAUGUUAUGUGUUGUGAUUCUGAUGAGGAAAGCUGCCACAGUCCUGAACCACCGCCUGAUGUUCCAAAGGGAUAUUUGGCAGUUUAUGUUGGGCCAGAGCUUCGGAGGUUUAUCAUCCCUACGAGCUAUCUCAGCCAUCCUGUCUUCAAGAUUUUGCUGGAAAAAGCUGAGGAGGAAUUUGGGUAUAAUCACAAUGGCGGGCUUACUCUCCCUUGUGAGAUUGAGACCUUCAAGUAUCUAUUGAAGUGCAUAGAGAACAAUCAUAAGGGUCACCCUAUUGAUAGCUCAGAUUCUGAACAGCUGGAGAUUCAAUAAAUAUUGGGAGAGACUAAUUGUGCUGAUCUUUAUUGUGGCCAAGAACUUUGGGGUUAAAGCAAGGUCUCUUUUAUAUGCAGAUUUUUUUUUUCUCAUUUCUUUUCUCCUUUUUAAUUGACAAACAAUAGGGAACUUUUAGUUAGAAAAUUUUCAGGUGUAUGCAAUGAAUGUGAUGAGGGGAGGGCAAUGUCUCUCUGCCCUUAUUGAAAUGUGAGUGGCAUCUAAUGUUUGAUUGAUAAUGAAAUACUUCUAUUGUUCAGAAAA